CGGGGCGGAUGGUUAAUCUGUUCGGGUCGCUCGUUGUGGAAGGUUGUUUCGAAGUCGCUCCCCAAUGCGAAUAAUGCGAAUGCGAGUGCAUUUCCUCGACCUGUGAACGCCGGCUUGCCAAUACGAGUGUGUUUGCGAUCGCCGCAAAAUCUAUUUUCUGCCAACUGCAAUAAAACGAAACAAAAUCCAACACAGCCUUACAAUUGCAAAAAAAAAUAAAAAAUAUACGAAAAGAAACAACAAAUAAUCAAAAAAACAAAGGCAAGGCAAUCGCGAAAAACAAACGCAAAAAUCGCAAACCGCUAAUGAAAUCUAGUACUGUUAGGGUUAUGUCAUGGAAAGUCUUUAAAAACCUGUGAAAUUUCAAUUUGAAAUAUUGCUAGACACGCGCGUAAAAUAUUUGCACACUUUUUUGCGAGCCGAGAACGCCCCCGCAUCUCUCCAGAGCUUCACCACCGGCUUCUUCUCGCCGCCUACGUUCACUUUUUAUAGCUUACGCGUGUUUUGGGGCCUUUUGUUUUGUGCGCGUGUGAGUGACAUCGCGUUAGUGUGUGUUAGCCGUGCGUGUGUGUGUUAGCCGGCAAGUGCAGAUUGUGUUUGUGUUGGUGCAUGCGAACAGCUGUUCCCCACCAGCAUGCAAAAAUAAAUAUCUCUAUAGCGUAGCAAGAGAAAGCCCCCAGAGAUCCCCAGAAAAAUCACUGAAAAAUCAAAUCGAAUUUAGCAAAUCAUCGUCAUCCUCGUUGCAUCACCACCAGCAUCCAUUAAAAUGGCGGCCAGGAGCAUCCGGGUGGCGCAGCUUCUGCUGUUUGCUCUGCUCUGCGGACUCGUCGGCCUGUCAGCCGCCAAGCACCUGGGCGACAGCUCGGCCCACCACCACCACCAGCACAGCGCCACGACGCACCAUCGCCGCCGCCUGCAGCGGGACUCGCGGGCCAAGGACUCCUCCAGUGCCGCACACCAGUGCGAGGCCGUCAAGAGUUACUUCGAGUCGAUCGACAUCAAGUCGAGUGGGGCUUACAACGAAAAAGGUGCCAUCUGUGGCGGAAGCUGUUGCAACAAUGCCACGGAGACGCAGCUCCGGGAAAAGGCCUCCGGAAUGUUCGAACAACUGCUCCACCACCACACCAGCAGCCUUCGCGGCGUCCUCGAGACGAACGCCAAGCAAUUUCAGGGUCACGUCCUGGAAUUGGCACAGCAGUCGGAGAACAAGACACUGGGCGUCUUCUCGAAGGUUUAUACGCGAAUGGUGCCGCUUUCCCGCAUGCUGAUCCAGCAGCUCUACAACGAAAUCAUGAACCACCUGAUUUACACCUCGAACUAUACGAAUGGCCAGCACAGUGGUCGGGGCAUUGGCAGCAUCCAGAGCGGCCUGGAGGACGCAGUUCAUCAGUUUUUCGUGCAACUCUUUCCGGUGGCCUACCAUCAGGCGGUGCACGUCAGCAAGAACUCCUAUGGGGAGCUGCACGACGACUACAUCAACUGCUUGAAGCACAACUUUGACGAUAUGCGUCCAUUCGGGGAGAUACCCCGGGAACUGCAAUCCAGUCUCGUGCAGAGUGUCCACAUCUCGAAUGUCUUCAUGAAGGCCCUGCUGGAGAGUGCCGAGGUACUGAGCGAGGCGGACAGCCUCUAUGGGGCCCAGCUGUCGGACACCUGCAAGUUGCAUCUCCUCAAGAUGCACUACUGCCCCAAUUGCAACGGCCACCAGUCGCCAAGCAAGGAGACAAAAGUCUGUCACGGUUAUUGCAUGAACGUGCUGCGAGGCUGCUCGGCGGAAUAUGCCGGACUCCUGGACAACCCCUGGUCGAGUGUGGUGGACGCUCUGAAUAACCUGGUCACCACCCACAUCCUCUCGGAGAACGGCAUCAUCAAUGCCAUCAAGCUGCUGGACUCCAAGCUCUCAGAGGCCAUAAUGCAUGCCAUGAAAAACGGUCCCGAACUGGAACAGAAAGUAAAGAAGACCUGCGGAUCACCGAGCCUUUUGCCGUCGCUGACCAGCGAACCGGAAACGAGGCCAGCGCCACACAAGGGCAGCAUCAAGUGGGCCACGCCUCCGGAUCCGGGAAUGGUUCGAUUCCUAUCCACGAUUGACAAGACCAAGGACUUCUAUGCGAACAUUGUGGAGAACUUCUGCAGUGAACAGUACUCCCUUGAGGAUCACUCCUGCUGGACAGGCGAUCGUUAUGGCGACUAUACCCAACUACUGAUUGGCUCUGGACUGGAUAGCCAGCGCUAUAAUCCGGAAGUUCCCCUCAGGACUUCGACUCAGGUCUCAACACUCAAUGAGCUUGUGGACAAGUUGAUCAAAAUUCGCAAAAAUAUUGGAGCAACGGUACCACCAAAUAGCAUACAAACACAUGAUAUACAAAGCGACAUGGGCCAUGAGGGCUCUGGAGGAGGCGAGGGUCGUAUCGAUGACGAUGAGGAGGACUACAGCAGCCAGCAUGGUUCCGGUGAUGGAUCCGGCGAUGGUGCCACCACCAUUGAUGAUACGGACAUCACCACCAAUGAAGUGGAUAACCACAAUAACCAUGGCAAAACGAGUGGGUCCAGCUCGCUGGUCCCAGCUCUGGGUACGGCGACAAGCCUGCUCCUCACUCUAGUCACAAUACUCCUCAGUAGAUGUAGUUAAGGCAGCUGCUGGAUCCUCAACUCACCAAACCCACAAUCAUAGCCCCAAGUCCCAAAAUGGAGGGACUCUACCACAAUAAUGUGGAUCAACUUUAGCCACAAAAUCGGAGAGAAACAGCAAAUGCACAAGAAUCGAGUUGAAUCAUUAAUUAAUAACUAUUAUCAUUAUUAUUAUUAUUUGUGUAAUUCUUAAGUUGUUAAAAAGUAAUUUAUUAGGAGCUAAGCGCAUUCAUCUAGCAAUCGAUCGACUAACAAGCACAAAUAAUCCGAAACCGAAACCGAAACUGAAAAAACCCUGAAAUCCUUCUAGCUUUUCCAAAUUUUUGAGCUCAUCGAAUUUCCAAAAGGCAGAAUCCAACUAGACUUGUGUGCCAUAUAAAUGUGUUGGAUAUCUGCACUGAAAGAAAAAGUCAAAAUAAAUAACAAUCGAAGAAUAGUAAAGCUAAUUACAAAUUAAAGCAAUCCUCUUCCCUUAGAAUGUGCAGUUCGUUCAGAUAAAUGUUAAAAAAAAAAACAAAAACUUAUAAUCGUAAAGCUCAAUGUUCAAAGCAAGUUGUUCCUUUUCGGUGUAAUUUAACAAAUACAUAGAAUCAAGAGAAAUCAGAGUUAUAGGCACCACGUUCAAUCGAGAAUGAAACAAAAAAAAAACAAUAUUAUACGUAAAGGAUAUAAAUCUGUUAGCUAUAUAGAACUUGAACGAAAUUAUUGUUGUCUACACACUGUCUUUCGAACUGAACAAUUGAGAAAUUUAAGCGAAUGGAAUUUAGUUGAGUAAAACGCACUUUACGGAAAAACUAGAAGACUUACAGCUUUAUACGCAAAAAAAACGAAAAAGAAAAAAUGAAAAAAAAAAUCAGAAAAUCUAUUGAUAUAUACGUACAUUAUAUGUAGCAUUAUUUAAAUUAUAUGAACAAAGAGGGUAGACCUUGAGGUAAUGUCAUGAAAUGCAUUCAGCUAAUUAGAGUUUAUGGAGGGAGUCUAGGUGCGAUCGAGACCGGGAAAGAGUUAAGCGCACAAAAUCACAGUUCGCAGUUUUGCAAAUUUCUAAAAAUGCAUUCAAAAACGAAACUAUUGUUGCAAUCUUACAGAUACUUUACAGUGGGCACAGCGCUGCGGCAUCAAAUCCAAAGGGGCAGCGCUGGCGACACUCUAAAAAUACAAAAACAAACAAUAUAUAUAUACAAACGAAUAUAAAAUAUGCAUAAAUGCGAAUAAGAUUGAAAUAUGGAAGAAAACGAGAGAAAAAAAAUAUAUAUAUACAUAAAUGAAUUAACUAAUUAAAUCGUAAAAUAUAUAAUGCUAGUGCGUAAAGUUGUAACGAUUAGCUCGUAAUGUGUAAAAAGCAAAAAUCAGUUGACGGAGAGAACAACAAUUUAGUUAGUAGCCAAUUAACAAAGGAAGUACCGCCGCCGAACCGGUAUAUAUAUAUCGCUAUAUCCAUAUAUCGCGGCACUCUAUAUGUAUAAUUAUUAUUUGUAUCAUUAUUAUUUAAAUAUUGCAUGUGAUUAAUAAUAUUUAAGUUAAACGUAAAUGCAACAUAUUAAAUCGUAACUUAUGUAUACCGCUACAAAAGCAGCAAAACAGCAAUGUGCGAAUGAAAAUCAUCAUCGUUGUAAAUCUAUUUGAGAGAUAACCAACAGAAAAUUGCACUAAAAACAUAAAUGUACUACUUUUAGAUGCCUAAAACAAAAACCAAUAAUAAAUAAUUAUGUAACAAGAAAUGCAA